AUGCAAGCUAACGUUUUUUACCGCCAUAAUAACGUAAGUCCCGGUCGGUUUCUGCGACUUACGUCAGAUUUCCGCAGUCAGUGUUUGGCUUACGACAGUGUUAGGUACAUACCUAUAAAAUUCCAUUUCAUAUAUAAUUUCAUUAUGUCUAUGGUCAGUUCACGAACAAAAAGGAUUUUGGCGGCUCUUAGCCAAAAUGAUUAAUCGAAUAAUGUUUAUUCUGAGGAAGAAAUCGGGUCUAUGCCGAUAUCCAUUAUUUCAAGUCACAAUAUUUUUGAUCUAGAUAAUUCCGAAAAUAUUUUAAAUGAAGACGUAAUCGAAAUAGAUCAAUCGAAAUAAGAGAAACGACAAAGUUUAAA